UUGCCAGGUCAAGCCACGCAUCCCCGGCAGUCCAAUGGCGGCGGAAACAACCAAACAUCCCCCUCUUAAAAAUAAUACUGAAUUAUUCAUUUCCCAUUAGUCAAAUAAAACCAGCUUAUCGUAGGACCCAUGCAUUUUUAAUUCCUACUUAAUAACUAACUUCAACUGAUCACCACAUUUCACUCAUUCAUUUUGGUGUUGUUAAUUAAACAAAAUAUUUAUGGAGUCAGAAAAGAAUUUGAAAGGAUCAAAGGUUGAAUUAAACGAUGUUAAGAAGCCAAUCAGAAGUGGGAAGUUACGUAUUAUGGAUUGUAGUUGUUUUGGAUCGUCAGAUUAUGAUCAUCCAACGGUUGAGAAAGUUGAUGAGGAUGGUAACGUUGAUAUGAAAUCAUCUAAUUCAGGGGGUCUUAAACAACAUUCUCCGACCCACCUUGUUGUUAUGGUUAAUGGCCUUAUUGGAAGUGCUCAAAAUUGGAGAUUUGCUGCAAAACAAUUUUUCAAAAAGUAUCCGAAGGAUCUUAUUGUCCACUGCAGCCAAUGCAACUCCGCACUGGCGACACUUGAUGGCAUUGACGUGAUGGGAAGCAGAUUAGCAGACGAGGUGAGAUCUGUGAUAGAACGUCAUCCUAAUCUUCAGAAGAUCUCGUUUAUUGGUCACUCACUUGGUGGUCUAAUUGCAAGAUAUGCGAUUGCCAAGCUUUACACAGAUGAUUACACAAAUCAAGUAUGUCAACUUAAUGGGGACUGUAAAUCUGUGGCAUCUGAUGAUCUAUCCUCAGAACAUGUCUCUAACGGAAAAAUUGCUGGAUUGGAACCUAUAAACUUUAUUACUGUUGCUACUCCACACCUUGGUUCAAGAGGAUGUAAACAGGUCCCGAUGUUCUGUGGACUUAAAGGUCUUGAAAAAGUAGGAUUCUACACAUCCGGAAUUCUUAAACGAACAGGAAGACAUGUGUAUUUGAAAGAUAAGCCUAAUGGUCGUCCCCCUCUAUUGGUUCAGAUGGCAAAUGAUACCGAAGAGCUCAAGUUCAUAUCUGCUUUGCAGUCAUUCAAACGCCAAGUUGUUUACGCAAAUGUCCUUUCUGACCAUCUUGUAGGAUGGAGCACGUCAUCAAUUCGCCUUCAAAGUGAGCUGCCUAAGCGUAAGAAUCUUGAAAGAAGUGAUAGAUACCCCCAUAUUCUGAAGGAAGGUGCAGCAAAUAUGACAAACCAAGAAGUCUCUACCAACUCACAUACCAAUAGACACAAGAGUAAGACUGCCACCAUGGAAGAGACGAUGAUUAAAGGAUUGAGUAAAGUAAAAUGGGAACGGGUCGACGUCAGCUUCAAAGGAAGCAAACAAAGAUACUUUGCACACAACACAAUCCAGGUAAAUACUCCCUGGAUGAAUUCUGAUGGUGCAGACGUCAUACAACAUAUGGUUGACAAUUUUUUGGUGUAGAUAAGAACAUGUAUUGUGAAAAGGUAAUCAAGCAAAUCGUGGCUAGGAUUGGUAGCAUGGGACUUUUAGCAGAGUGCAGGCUAGGUUUUGAAAUUUGCAUGCUCUUGUUUAUGCUCGAUGGCAAUAUGCCUAACCUUUUCCCCUGCGUGGGAACUUAUCUCAUCUCUAUUUGAAUGCUUGUUUUAACUUGUGUGUGAUGACUACUAUUUAAGCUUAAUGUAUGCACUCAUUUAGUAUUCC